ACCGCAAGCCCAGGUACAGCGCAUUGUCUAUCGCUGAACUGUCACAGCCAAGUAGCGUGCAGAGCGCACCACUCAACCAGCCUGCAAGAAGUUUACUCACAACACACGGCCUGCUGCUCCAUCCAAACCCCAGGAUGAGUUACUACAUGGAUCCAGUUUCCUCCUACCCGACCCUUCACCCCUGUGACCGUCUGGGGGCGAUGAGGCAGAGUGGAGGGGUGGCUAUGGGAUCACUGACCCAGCUCCCUGGUAUGGUUGUUCACCCACAGCAGCAGCAGCACUACCCCCCAUCCAGACCCCUCUACCCCCAGGAUGUCACCCUGCAGGAGGUCCCCAAUGGACACGACCUCGCACCCACAGGUAGGAGCCAAAAUCUGGAGUGUGGAGACGUGCCCCUGCUCACUCCAGGGAGUAAAGAGAUGAUGUCGCAGGCUCUGAAGGACACGUUCAGCGGCUUCACAAAGGAACAGCAACGACUGGCUAUUCCCAAAGACCCCAGGCAGUGGACAGAGUGCCACGUGGGAGAGUGGCUGACGUGGACGGUGAACGAGUUCAGCCUGAAGAGUGUGGACUUCCACAAGUUCUGUAUGAACGGGGCCAGUCUGUGUGCUUUGGGGAAGGAACGCUUCCUGGAUCUAGCGCCUGACUUUGUGGGCGACAUUCUCUGGGAACAUCUAGAGAUGCUUCAGAAAGAAGACACAAAGCAUUUCCCUGUCAACGGCCUGACCUCUACCUUCCAGGAGUCCCACUAUACCUCAGACUACUUUGUCAGCUAUGGCGUUGAACAUGCCCAGUGCGUUCCUCCCUCUGAAUACUCCGAGCCGGGCUUCAUCACAGAGUCCUACCAGACCCUUCACCCAAUCAGCUCAGAGGACCUGCUGUCACUCAAGUACGAAAGUGAAUACCCCAACGUCAUCCUCCGGGACAUGCCCCUCAACCCACUUCAGGGGGACUACUUCUCCGUCAAACAGGAGGUGGUCUCCCCCGACAACAUGUGUGUGGGCCGCAUCAGCAGAGGUAAGCUGGGAGGCCAGGACUCGUUUGAGAGCAUUGAGAGCUUUGAAAGCUGUGACCGUCUGACCCAGUCCUGGAGCAGCCAGUCUUCCUUCAACAGUCUGCAGCGCGUCCCAUCCUACGACAACUUUGACUCUGAGGACUACCCCAACGCCCUACACGGACACAAGCCCAAGGGAACCUUCAAGGACUACGUCAGGGAGCGCUCAGACCUAAGCAAGGACAAACCUGUCAUCCCCGCCGCAGCACUCGCAGGAUACACAGGCAGUGGCCCCAUCCAGCUGUGGCAGUUUCUGCUGGAGCUUCUGACGGACAAAUCCUGUCAGUCCUUCAUCAGCUGGACGGGAGACGGCUGGGAGUUCAAGCUGUCCGACCCUGACGAGGUGGCUCGGAGGUGGGGGAAGAGGAAAAACAAGCCCAAGAUGAACUACGAAAAGCUGAGCCGAGGCCUGCGCUACUACUACGAUAAGAACAUCAUCCACAAGACAUCAGGGAAGCGCUAUGUCUACCGCUUUGUCUGUGACUUAAAAAGCCUGCUGGGAUACACCCCCGAGGAGCUCCACGCCAUGCUGGACGUCAAGCCUGAUGCGGACGAGUGAAAACAGAGGGAUGAGAGAAGAGGAGAGUAAAGGUGUCGAGGGGACUGGGGCUCAGAGAUUGAUAUUUACCCUCCAGUAAAAGGGGGCGUCCAUUUUGGGACCAAACAUGUUCAUUCUUAACACCUAAACUGUGGUCUGUAUCAUUUUGAGCUGUUGUCAAACGAUGUUCAGAAAGAAAGCACUAUGCCAAAUGUGCAAAUUCAUAAUUUGUUGCAUUUGAGAUAGAUACAGGUAUUACUUAGUAACUCAAGGCACAUGGGAAGCCAUCAAUUAGAAUAGAGUGGCCAUUUAGCCUAAGUAGGACAAAGAACUGUCAUUGAGGAAGAGGGCCAAGAGACAGUGAAGGAUUCAUUUUAGGGAAGGACAUUGCAUGGAUGGAGAGUUCCUUCUAUGGAAUUUGUUGCCAAAUUAAAAAUGGAAAGUAGUGGAAGUAGGUCACUGUUUCUAUGCCACUGCACACAAUAGGCAUUGGGUAGAGUUCUCAGCUUGGACCAAAAAAGUAUUUUUAUUUUUUACUGUUGUUUCAGAAGCAUAAUGUUUGUGCCAGUAUUAUCGUUGAGAUUGUACUGUUGAGUCUCAGUCCGACCAGGGUUCCCCUGUUUACUUUUUAGUUUUGUUUAGUUUUUUUUAUGCUGAUGAAGCUAUUCUGAAACCAAACAUUGCACCAUUUAAGGCUAAGUUAGUCCUGUCUCCUCUCUGCGAAAGCCCAAUAACUGAAACAUGCUGAUUUGGUUAUACAGACGACACUAGACACUGGCCUUUUUACUCAUUUUCAUAGGUUGGAUAGAGAGUAACUUACUCAUACCAAGAACGGUUGAUAGACACCUGAAAGUAACCGUUGCUUGAAAACUGACGCUUUCUCCUUUGCACAUUUGCCGCUUCGCUAUAGAAAUAUACUGUCUGCCACCAGGACUUUGCAGAUUGCAUACAUUACUGUCCUGCCACCAGGACUUUGCAGAUUGCAUACAUUACUGUUCUGCCACCAGGACUUUGCAGAUUGCAUACAUUACUGUCCUGCCACCAGGACUUUGCAGAUUGCAUACAUUACUGUUCUGCCACCAGGACUUUGCAGAUUGCAUACAUUACUGUCCUGCCACCAGUAAUAAAUGUCCUUCGACACCCUUUCUGUGGUGAGUUUUGAAAGUAUUGAGACACAAAAGAGUCAAACGUGCUCAAUCUGUAUAUUAAGUGGUUUUCCAUGCCCCCAUUUUAGCAUUGUUUUAGACGAGAACAAAGAGGGAGGGACCUGUUAUCGACAGAUUGAAUUGCGAGCCAUGUACAUGAGGAAUUGUUUUUGGUUUUUUAGGUAAGGUAUAUCAAGGUGCAUGAUGGUAGUAGGAUGAAAAGAUAAGGGUUCGAAGCAAGGAGUAUAAACUUUGGAUGACUGUUUGAAGAAGAGGACUGGGUGGUUUUGGCAGGGAACCAUCGAGUUGUGAAGUUAAAGAGAAUGAUCAUCAUUAUGGCAUGAGGAUGAGAUUAAUGCUUGUGCCGUUGCACAGCUUGGAGGCUUUUGUUAACUGAAGUGUUUGUAUAGAUGCUCCCUUUCACCACUGUCGGAGGAGGUAGAGAUCUAUAGGAAACAGGACUACCAUAAACAGUUGAGCUGAAGGACUACUUGGAGAGAUGUGGCAUUGUAUGCUAUUUUCUUACCAUGCUUUGUACAUGCUUUGCUAUUGUUUCUAAGACAAAAGGACAUCCCAUUCAGUAUAUGAAAUGGAUAAAUGAAAUUAUAUGCCCUGAAAACUGUAUGUACUUGUGCGGCUUGCUGAAGAUCCACAGUAGUUUUGCUGGUUGCUCGUCAGUGGGAACAUGACUGUACGUAGGCAUUAUGGGAAAAGCCGAAGUCAAGAAAUAUCAUCUUAAAAUACAAAUGUUAUUGUUUACAGUGGCUGAAUGUUACCCAUAUUGAUGAAAAUAGGUUUUGAAAUGUCUAUUUGUACAGAUUGUAUUUCCUAAUGCUUUAUUAAGACCCAGAUUAAACAAAUAAGCAAGAGACUAAGCAGGAAUAAUAACCAAACCCAUGUGAGGUCUGGGCGAUAGAUAGCGCUUUGGGUAUGUCCACCAUCUUGGAGGACAGGGACCGUUAUUCCCUCGUGUUCAAAGUGUUGUUUCUGCUUUGAUCUUUUGAUUUGUUGGAAAGCACUCAGCGUUAGGACUCAGCGAAGAGAUUUGGCUGGACUGACUGUAGUUCCCCCUUGAGAUUAUAGGAAAGCGAUUUCUUUCCAUAUUAGUUACUUUUUAGUUGGGCAACUAACCACAGAGUUGGUACUUCAAGUGUCGGUCAGCAUAAACACACACACACCCACACACACAAACAUGUAAUUGUGUAGAGAAGAUUGAAUUCUCUUGAACAAGUCAAUCCACCCAGUCUCUGUGGUUCCGUCGUUUAUGCACGCUACAUGACCAGGAUUCACAUCACUGUUUGAUUAUUACUGUUCAGAUGUUUCUACUUCAAAGAAUGUUUUUUUAAAUGUUAGGACAACUGUUCAGAUAUUUAAAUAUAUGCUUAACUUGUUGUUGACGAUGCCUUCCAGCUCCAAGCGAAUCACCAUUUUGAGUAGAUCAGAAUAUAAUAUCUUUGUCUGUUUAAAUGGAUCAUAUACUGUGUCUGUUUGGACUUCAAAGUCGAGUUUGUUUCAGUAAAUGUCAUAUACGUUAAGUUGUAGACACAAGUAUUGCACAGCUAUUUCUAAAUGGACUAAAUACAUACAUACACAGAUACCUUACCAUAUUACCAUAUCUCAAACUGAUCCAUUAGGAAACCUGUUUUGUUAUGGAUGGUGUUGUUUUUUUGUAUAUUUUAUAGUGUUUCUGUAUUUUUGUUAAUGAGAUACUUUUUAUGUAUUUAGUUCACAAACAUUUGAAUAUUUUUCAAUAAUUUAUAUUUUAUAAAAGAAAAAGACAGACAGCUGGUGCUUUCAUGGGAAAUAAUGGUAGCACAGGAAAAAAAUGUAGCGAUUUUCUUUCGAUAUAGAGAAUAGACCUUUCUGUUAAAGAAAGAGGCUGAUGCUGGCCCAUCAUUGAUUUCUGCUGGAAAGUUUUAUAAACUGAAGCUUCUAUUUCUUAAUGUACUUUAAAAAAAAUUAUGUCAUAAAAAAAUAUAUGUGAACAAAUAUUUCAUA